AUGAGAUUAGCAUGGCAUAAAAGUAAGGGACGUUUGCGACGAAUGACGCGAUCUGUUUAUCCUACUUUGAUAGGUAUGAUUGUUGGCAUGUCUGCGACAUUGAUUCUUACCGCUGUGAGAUUCUUACCCGAGAGUGAAGUCGUGAAACAGAAUAAGGAGCCACGAUUAUUACUUGUUGGUGUGAUGACAGCAGCGAAGUACGUCGACACUCGAGCAUAUGAAGUGUGGAGAACUUGGGCUAAACUUAUACCUGGCGAGCUACUAUUUUUCGUAGCCGACGGAACAGUAAGUGUUCAUUCGGACAUGCCACUAAUUCCACUAAAAGGUGUCUCAGAUGUAUACCCACCUCAGAAGAAGUCAUUUGUUAUGCUCAAAUGGAUGGCCGAUAAUCAUUUGAAUGAUUUCGCGUGGUUCAUGCGAGCAGAUGACGAUCUGUACGUUCGAGGUGAUAAACUUGAGGUUUUAUUAAGGUCUUUGGAUUUCAAUAAGGCGCAUCUUAUUGGUCAAGCUGGUUUGGGUAAUACAGCUGAAUACGGUCUACUGGCUUUAGGUCAAAAGGAAAACUACUGCAUGGGUGGACCCGGUGUCGUAAUGUCACGCGAAACAUUACGUGCAGUCGCACCUCACUUACGCUCAUGUUUGAUGGAAAUGUUUACUAUGCACGAGGAUGUGGAACUUGGAAGAUGCAUUGCAAGACAUGUUGGCGUUACAUGCUCGUGGAAUUAUGAAAUGCAAACACUAUUCCAUAAUAACCAAACAGUGCCAAAUGCUUAUCAGGGCAGUUUGACGGAGCUACGUCAUGCAAUCACAUUGCAUCCAGUAAAGCAAACAUCACUAAUGCGUCGGAUUCACGUACAAAACCGUAUUUUCCAACUUGCCAAUUUGCGUGCAACACGUGACUCUUUGUUAGAUGAACUCUCAAACAACGAACCACCAUCUCUCGUGCGUCACAUUGCGAAUGCAACUCAAGAUUUAUUCCAUUGGGAUUUCAUUUCAGCAAAUAAUAUUUUAUUUUGUGCUGCAAAAGUAAACUGUCCAAGACACACUCUUGACUUAAGCAUACGAACUGCACUCAGUGAAAUUAUCACUCAGCUGUUUGAUGAAUUUAAUGCAAAUGCUCGGGAGCGGGGACGUUUACUACGUUUCCAAAACAUUCAGUAUGGUUAUAUGAGAGUUGAACCGCGUCAUGGAGUCGAUUAUGUUCUUGAUAUUGCUUUGUGGUUCAAAAGGAUUCGUCCACCAAAUAGAGCAACGCUUUCCGUUCGUCGCCAUGCAUACAUACAGCAAAAAUUCGGACCAAUACAAGCCAUAUCUGAUCAUUUAUUGCGCGACACUUUACGACAGCGAAUCGCAAAAAGUAUCCGCUUAUUGAAGGAAAAAAAUAGCACUUUGAAAGACUUCGACUGGAAACCGAUAAAUUUGCCAGAAGAAAAGUUUCACGUAUAUUUGAUUUUACCGCUCGCUGGAAGGAUCGACGCUUUUAAAAAGUUUGUAAGCAACUUACGGACCGUAUGCUAUAACAAGCGGAUAUUUUCGCUUAUUUUGGUAGUUUAUGAUUCAGUACCUGAAGCUGAUAGAGCAAUAGCAGCUGUAAUAGAGGAACUGAAAUUGAAAAUUGACGUCAAAGUAAUUAAUAUGGGUUUAAAGCCAUUUAGUCGUGGCAUAGCGCUCUCACGUGGUGCGGAGAUUCUUGAACCAGAUUCACUAAUGUUUUUUAUUGAUGUCGAUAUACUUUUCACUUGCGAUACUAUCGAUCGAGUUAUACAUAAUACUAUUCGCGGUGCUCAAGUUUAUUUUCCGAUAGUAUUUAGUGAGUACUCACCAGAAACAUGGUCAGAUAGUGAUCGUUUAUUUUCUGAUGCAUUUCAUUACGGUCGAAAAAAGGGUUAUUUCCGACAUUUUGGAUUUGGAUUAGUGUCAAUAUAUAAAUCUGAUUUUGAUCUCAUAGGAGGAAUGAAGUUGAACAUAGAGGGAUGGGGCAUGGAAGAUGUAGAUUUAUUCGAGAAAUGUGUGCGUUCACCGCUGCGCAUAAUGCGUGCACCUGAUCCAGGACUUGUUCAUAUCUACCAUUCAAUGAGUUGCUCGGAAACACUUCCCGAAAAGCAGUAUAUUAUGUGUAGCAGUUCUAAAGCAGCAAGUUUAGCAUCGAUUGAUUCCCUUGUUGAUCAGUUACUUGUAUAUUCAUGA